AUGGCGGACGUUCAGGAGCGCCUCAAGAAGCUCGGCCAGGGUGCCCGAAUCGCCCUACGUCUAACAUGGUCGAACAGUGGAAAGGGUACCCCCCGCCGCAAGGUCAAGCGUGCGCCCGCCCGCUCCGGCGCCGACGACAAGAAGCUCCAGGCUGCCCUGAAGAAGCUGGGCACCCAGCCCAUCCAGGCUAUCGAGGAGGUUAACAUGUUCAAGUCCGACGGCAACGUUAUCCACUUCGCUGCCCCCAAGGGUAAUGACAGGAGCCCUGCGGUUUUUUUCUGGAUUGAUGUUCAUGCCGCUGUCCCCCACAACACCUUCGCCAUCUACGGAAACGGCGAGGACAAGGAGCUCACGGAGCUUGUUCCCGGCAUUCUUAACCAGCUCGGCCCCGACUCUCUCGCUUCCCUCCGAAAGCUCGCCGAGAGCUACCAGAACAUGCAGAAGGGCGAGAAGGGUGAUGAUGAGGACGACAUCCCCGACCUGGUAGAGGGCGAGAACUUCGAGAGCAAGGUCGAAUAA